AUGCCCGCGGAGGCCGACAGCCACGCACCGCCCGCGUCGUUCGACGCGGAGACCGGCAGCAUGGCGCGCCUCGAGCACUUUUUGGACGCCGUUCUCCGCCAGUCCCUCGAAAGGGUGCUGCGGGAGCGCGACACGGUGUACGCGAUGGCCUCCGACUGCUGCCAGCUGCGGGAGCUCUUUGAGGAGAUGCGGGCCCUCUCCUCAACGCACUCCUUCAUUGCAGAGGGUGAAGCCUCCUCCGCAGCCGCAGCAGCGGGAGGCGAGGCGGAGAGAAGGCCCCAGCGCAAUCAGAUUAUGGUUGACAUUGGCAAUCACUUCUUCGUGCAGUGCGCCGUCAGGGAUGCGUCGCAGGUGUGGGUGAACCUCGGCUGCGGCGUGGUGCUCCCCAUGUCCACGGCGGAGGCGGAUGCAUUCAUGCAGAAGAAGGAGAAGCUCCUGCGGGAGCGGGCGGCGCGGCUGAGCAAAGAGGCCCUGCGCAUCAAGUACCGCAUCCGCCUCGUGAUGGAGGCCAUCACUCGCCUGUACGACAGAGCCACUGGGCAGCGCGCGUGA